UACAUGUCUUGCUAAAUUGCCCGGAAGUUCAACGAUAUUAUGAGUAAGUUAUUAUUAUUUUGCACUAAAUAUCCAAGUACAAAGCAUAACAACUAACUCAAACUCCAUUUUGUCGGACAACUACUUUGUGCAUCUAAAUGGCAUUGAAAAAGUGUACGACCAGUUUGGGAAGUGGUUUAACAAUUAUGUUUACAGUACAGAGUAUGGUUACCAUGACCAACUUUUAAAGGACAUAUCUUGGGGACCCGGUAUGGUCUAUUCUAUGGACAAAUAUGUGGUAAAUGGUUUUAAAUUUACUACCGAAGAACGAUCUAAGCAUACAAAAACUAACAACAGCGGGGUUUGGGUUAAAGGUGGUGAUGGAAACCAAGCCGGGGUCGAUUAUUAUGGUGUAAUUAAGGAGAUCCUAGAACUGGAAUAUUCUGGUGGUGGCAAAAAAAGAAUUGUACUUUUUCGGUGCAAGUGGUUUGAUCCAACCCCUAAUAGAGGUACAAGGGUACUCAAGCAGUAUAACAUCAUAGAAGUAAAUCACACGAGGGAGUAUGCGGCUUAUGAUCCUUUCAUUAUUGCACAAAAUGUUAGACAAGUGUACUAUGCUCCUUAUCCCUUGCGUCCAGAUAAGUCUGCUUGGUGGGUGGUAAUUAAAGUCAAGCCUGUGGGUCGAGUGGAAGUGGAGAAUGUGUUGCCUGUUGCGUUCCAGGACGACGACAUAUCAGUUGUUCACCAAACAGUUGACAAUGAGUUAGAAGAUGAUUUAGAGCAUGCAGAACACAUAUUGGAAGAAAUAAAUGCAGAAGAUAUUAAUGCAGAGGUGAACGAAUGUAAUAAUGAAAAUGAAACAACUGAUGAGGAAGAAUGGUCAGAAGAGGGAGAUAGGAAUGGGGAUGACGACUAAUAG